CUUCCGCUUUGUAACAAAACAAAAAAAAAGGACCCUACGUGCUUGUGUAUUCUUUAUUUAUCCUUUCUAAAUGUCCCAAAUUGUGAUCGAUGUGUGACUUUUACGAGUAAAUUUCCACUGUUGUGGUUUCUAGCAUAAAUUUGCGACAUUUUAACUUGAGUUGUGGUAUUUUAUGACAAUAAAUACUACCUUAGCGACGAGGUACUUUGUCCACAUGGUGUUUCCGUAGCAUAUCCGUUGGUUUUAAACAUCCGUUUUGUAAAAAAAAAAAAAAAACACCCUGCGUGCGUGUGUUUUAUUUCUUUAUCAUUUCUGCUGUUUUAUCGACGGAUAAAAGAGACAUUGUGUUUUAUUAGCGCGUUGUCUGAGUGCGCUUCUCUCUAGCCGGCUCAGCUUGUUAGCCGCCGACACAGAGUGGGGGAAGUUAUCCACACAUGCUAGGUGUUGUUUUUGUGCGAAAAUGUGCACUUGCUGCGGCUAAGUAAAUAAUCGCAGUGUUGCAAAAAACGCUAACUGAGUACGAGGAGGGAAAAAGAAGAGAACGAGCGACAAAUGGAGUCACAGGCAGCAGAUGGCUGUGGUGAACGCCAGUGUCUCUGAGAGAAGCCGAGGAGCCAAGAUCACAGCUGCCUUUUUGAGCUGCAGGAGGAGGUCCCAUAAUCCACUGAUGUCUCCAACGCCCGUGAAGAAUAUCUUCCCCCUGAGCGGCGGUGGGUCUCCAGGAUGGAGCAGCAUGAGUCACAUCCCCCCCCUGUUGAAGAACAAGGGGAGGAGGAGGACGAGGAGCCCCCUUGCAUUAAAGAGGAAGAUGAAGAGCUCAGCAUCAGCCAAGACGACGCCGACGUCAACAAGUUUCCAGUUAUUCGUGUGAUUGUGAAGAGUGAAGAUGGGGAAGAUGAAGCUCAGUGGUCACAGCUUGACGACAGUCAGAAGAGCGGAUCGGAAGCGGACAGCUUCUCCGAUAGUGACAACUCCCCUUCACACUUUUCCGACACUGACGAUGAAAACUCUAAAGCUGACGUGACGUCUCGCACUGAGAAUAAAAACUUUAAACGCUCUCGAUGUGACCAAACCUUUGAUGACCACAUUGGAUUGGAGGAACACAGGACUCGUCACACGGGCGACAAAACCUUCAGCUGCCCGUUUUGUGAUAAAAGCUUCCCCAGGAUUAGUAAUUUGAAAUUGCACAUGAGAACACACACUGGGGAGAAACCGUUUUCUUGCUCGGUGUGCGGCAAAAGAUUCUCCAUUAAGGGAAAUUUGAUCAAACACUCAAGCACACACACGGGAGAGAAACCCUUCCCCUGCCCGGUUUGCGGUAAAAGAUUCUCCCGCAAGGGCAAUUUGAUGGCGCACACGAGGACUCACGCUGGGGAUAAACACCGGAAAACAUUUUCCUGCUCCGCCUGCGCCACCAGUUUCGGCAUGCGCUCCACGUUGUCGAGACACAUGAGAACGCACACCGGCGAGAAACCCUUUCCCUGCUCCAUUUGCGAUCAAACCUUCUCUCAAAAGGGACAUUUGAUGAGACACAUGAGAACGCACAGCGGGGAGAAACCGUUCCCCUGCUCCGUCUGCGGCAAAAGGUUCACUCAAAAGGGCAGUCUGAUGACGCACAUGAGAACACACACCGUGGAUAAGCCUUUUACUUGUUCGGUUUGUGGACAGAAGUUCUCUCAAAAGGGCAAUUUAAUGAAACACCAGAGAACACACACUGGUGAAAAACCCUUCCGAUGUGAUGAGUGCACUAAAAGCUUCUCUUACAAGUAUCAGCUGAAUCGACAUGAGUGUGUUGGUGAGAAGAUCAGCAGUCAAUGAAUGUAAGAUGUGUUUCUUCCCUUUUAAAGGCCUACUGAAAUGAGAUUGUUGUUAUUUAAUUGGAAAUAGCAGGUCUAUUCUAUGUGUCAUACUUGAUCAUUUCGCAAUAUUGCCAUAUAUUCGCAACUUUUGGUCGCCAAUAUAAAAGGCUUGCCUGUCCCGGAAGUAGCAGACGAUGUGCGCGUGACGUCACGGGUUGUAGAGCUCCUCACAUCCUCACAUUGUUUAUAAUCAUGGCCACCAGCAGCGAGAGCAAUUCGGACCGAGAAAGCGACGAUUUCCCCAUUAAUUUGAGCAAAGAUGAAAGAUUUGUGGAUGAGGAAAGUGAGAGUGAAGGACUAGAAAAUAAAAAAAAAGAUUAUACAGUGGGAGCGAUUCAGAUGUUAUUAGACAAAUUUACCAGGACAAUUCUGGAAAAUCCCUUAUCUGCUUAUUGUGUUACUAGUGUUUUAGUGAGAUUAUAUGGUCGUACCUGAACAACCUGAAGGUCGGCCCUCCACCUUUCUUCAGCACCAGUCGACGGGUGGUGGCAAUGCCCAUCUCUGCCCUUCGCAAGGGACUCUCUUCGAAACACGAUCUUUCGAAAUGAUCGCUGCAUAACACACUGUACUUUGUGUGUGUGGUCCAAUCCAAACGUGUUCGCUUGACCACUCUGUUCCAUAGUAAAGCUUCACCGUCAUCUUUCAG